AUGGACUUUGUAACAGGUUUACCUCGAACUAGUGGGGGUUAUGAUUCAAUCUGGGUCAUAGUAGAUCGAUUAACUAAAUCAGCUCACUUCCUUCCGGUUAAAACUACAUACGGGGCUACCCAGUAUGCCCAGCUUUAUGUAGACGAGAUAAUACGGCUGCAUGGCAUUCCUGUUUCUAUAGUAUCUGACAAAAGAGCACAAUUCACCAGUAGGUUCUGGCAAAAGUUGCAGGAAAUGAAGGGACUUGGAAUUUCAAGUAGGAGAUCAUGUCUUUUGAAGGUCUCACCAAUGAAAGGAAUAAUGAGGUUUGGCAAGAAGGGAAAGUUGAACCCUCGAUAUAUAGGACCCUUCGAGAUCUUAGAAAGGGUUGGAGCAGUGGCAUAUCGUUUGGCAUUACCGUUAGACCUUUUGAAUAUUCACCCUAUGUUUCAUGUGUUAAUGCUUAGGAAGUACAACCCGGAUCCAUCACAUGUAAUAUGGUAUGAAACCAUCCAACUGAACAAUGAUCUGACCUAUGAGGAGCAACCGGUAGCUAUCCUUGAUAGACAAGUCAAAAAGCUUUGUUCAAAAGAGAUAGCCUUAGUGAAGGUGUUAUGGCGAAACCACACCAGCGAAGAGGUAACAUGGGAAGCGAAGGAGGAGAUGCGGACAAAGUAUCCACACCUCUUUAAUAUGUAG